UUUUAACGCACAAUUCUGUAUAAGUUGUUAAAUCGUGAUCAUCUCCGUCAAAAAUAUCAGUGGAAUACUCAGCGCGUAAUUAACAAUUAGCUAGAAGAGUCGGUAAAUUGUGUUACGAAAAACGUUCACACCUGAACCUGAUGUUAUAGUUGACCAUGUGGAUUUCAGAAUGACUCUCAACGGCAACAUCACCGAAAACUUCAACAUGCCUCUGACAAAACCAAGGCCAAUCCAUCACAUAUUAGUCACUGGGGGUGCUGGUUACCUUGGCAGUACUCUCGUGCCGAUGCUGUUGGCUGAAAAUUACGAGGUCACCGUCUAUGAUCUGUUCAAUUUCGGCAUUGGACCACUGUUGUCUUGUGUCUCGGAUAAAUACUUGCACAUUGUCAAAGGGGACAUUUUGGAUGGGAAAUUGUUGGAAAAAUAUGUGUUGGAAGCCGAUGCCGUCAUUCACUUGGCCGCUGUAGUCGGCUAUCCGGCUUGCGACAAGGAUCCUGAAUUAGCAGCUUCUGUAAAUGCCCAGGGAACAAAGAUAUUAUGUAAUUUAAUGAAGCAUUCACAACCGUUGAUCUAUGCUUCGACAGGUAGUUGCUACGGUGCAAUUGACGGAAUUUGCUAUGAAACGACACCGAUCAGUCCGUUAACGGUCUACGGACAGACAAAAGCUGAAGGGGAGCGUCACGUUAUGACCAUCAAAGGCAUUGCUCUUAGAUUGGCUACCGUUUUCGGCGUAUCCCCUCGACUUCGCUUAGACUUGCUAAUUAACGAUUUGACUCGACGAGCGCUGACCGACAAACAUCUCACCCUGUACGAAGGAACUUUCCGGCGAACCUUUCUACAUGUGAGAGAUGCAGCUAGGGCUUUUCUCUUCGCCCUGAAGCAUCACAAUCAGUUGAAAGGGCAGGUGUACAACGUUGGCGAUAAGCAGAUGAACAUGACCAAAAGACAGGUUGCUGAGGCAAUAUGUAGACAUGUAGGCGAAACGACGAUCGAGGAUGUUUACGAUCAGCAAGAUAAAGAUCAACGGAACUAUGAAGUUUCGUACGAGAAAAUUCGCAAAUUAGGAUACAAAAGUACGAUCACAAUCGACGAAGGAAUACGGGAACUGAUGAACGUUGUGCCAUAUUUAACGGUAUCGGAAGUGGCCAGAGCUGCAAACGUCAAUUAGGGUCUCGUAAUAUCACCCGAGGGUAGGACAGCCUGUAUAAUGAAAGAACGAAAAAAGACCUACGGAAAAUGCGGAAAAUUUUAAUACACAAAGUUCAAAGUUAAGUACAAAUUAAUAAAUAUGGGA